UAACCAGACACCUCUACACAAACACACACACAUACACACACACGCGUUGAACUUGGUGGUCUUGGCAUAUCUAUUCUGUUCUAACAGUACAUGGGAGCACCCAGGCUGAGCAACAGAGGGACUAAAAUCAAAGCAGAGGAAGAAAUCCAGGGCAAAUUACAAGCAUAUAAAAGUUGAACUGAGGAUGGUUGAACAAGAUCCUUGAAGAGACAUAAACGUUCUCUUGAAUUUGUUGUUGAAGUGCCUCAGUGGUGGGACACAGUCAUGUCUCUUCCACUGGACCUGAGCUCCUUCCACAAGGAUGCUUCACUGGGCACGCUGGAGAAACAACUCAUCUGCCCCAUCUGCCUAGAGGUCUUUACCAAACCCGUGGUCAUACUGCCAUGCCAGCACAACCUCUGCCGCAAAUGUGCUAAUGAACUUUACCAGCCUUCUCUGUUCCAGGUUGGGAUUGGAGGACGAUUCCGGUGUCCAUCCUGUCGACAUGAAGUUGUUUUGGACCGUCAUGGCGUUUAUGGGCUCCAGAGAAACCUUCUAGUGGAAAAUAUCAUUGAUGUCUACAAGCAAGCAUCUGCCAGUUGUAGGCCUCCACCAAAACCACUGGCACAAAUGAACUGUGAAGAACAUGAAGGGGAGAAGCUGAACAUUUACUGCAUCACCUGUCAGAUCCCCACGUGUUCACUCUGUAAAGUGUUUGGAGCACAUAAGUCCUGUCAGGUGGCGCCUGUCUCUCAUGUAUAUCAGCAGCAAAAGACCGAACUCAGUGAUGGGAUUGGAUCCCUGGUUGCCACUAAUGAGCGUAUCCAAGCUUGCAUAAAUGAUCUGGAGGAGAUUUGUAGGAGUGUUGAGGAAAAUAGCAGAAACCAAAAGCAGAUACUGUGUGAGAAGUUUGACCGUAUGAGUGGUAUCCUGGAAGAAAGGCGUAAGAUUAUGUUACAGCGAAUCACAUAUGAGGAGGAUGAAAAGACAAGCUGGGCUCAAAGCUUGGUACAAACCUACAGUGAGCAUGUUGACACGAACUCAAAGUUGGUGCAGAGUGCCUUGAACGCCAUGGAAGAGCCAGAGAUGGCUGCAUUUCUUCAGACUUCAAAAAACCUUAUUGAACAGGUCAGUGAGGCAACUAAAUCUGCACCAGUAGAGACCUUACAGCCUGGAUAUGAAACCAUGGAUCACUAUAAGGUUGAUUUUAAUGCUGAGGAGAGGGCUCUCUACCAGCUAGACUUCAUCAAACCUGAAGAAGAAGUUGAAGAGUCUCCAGAAGAACCAGAACCAGAGUCAGAAGUGUUACCAGAACCUGAACCUGAGCCUGAAACUGAACCAGUGUACAGUCUGGUAGAGAACUCUGAGCCAGACAAUGAACUGAAGUUGGAAAACUAUGAGAUAAAGGAUGUCUUAUCUGAGACAAAGGAAGAAAACCAGGCAAAAGUAGAGGGAUGUUCAGCAAGACGAAAAGAUGUCAUAUGUGAGAAAGGUGGACUGAACACGCAGCAGGACCAGACAGAGUUAGGGUGUGAGGGGCAUGGUUCAGGAAUCCACUGCUUAACUUCAGAAGCAGGCCAUCAUCCAUAUAUUUUACGUCCUGGCCUUUCUGGUCAUCCUCCAGAGAGUAUGGGGAAACAUUCGGUGCUUUUUUUUCAUAUAGCACUGCUGGAGAAUUACAGAUUUCAGACUGCAGCUGCAGAUCACUCAGGGGUAGGAGCCAGCUCUCCUGCUGUUACAAGUGACUCGGCUCGCAUCAGCUUCUCCUUCUCCUGGCUGAAUCCAAUUGCCAAGAAGAAGUGAAUGCUCCUCUCAGAGAGACGCCUUCAGGUCCACAAGCCAUUGUCUCCAGUUGGCCAACACAUUCAGGCUUUAUCUCAGGGCAAAUUGAAUGUUGUCCAAUAGGUCCACCUACCACUCCUGUUGUAAUUUGUAAAAGAUGUGAGCACAAGCUAUAAGUACAUAACAGAUAGGUUCCAAAUAUUUGCUUUUAUUUGCUUCACAUAGCGUUGAUUAUUAGAAACUAUAUGGAUACAUGUUAUAAAAUAUCUGCCUGAGACAGAGGUUUGCUAAAAGAAUUUCAUGUGUGAAAUGUGGUGGUUACAAGAAAGUGUUUAGAUAUAUUUCUGUAAGUUUUUUUGGUUGUGACUUGAGAAGGUUGAAGUCAUAUUGUAGUGCAGCAUUAAAGUGGUACUGAUGGCAUGGAUGUGAAAAUGUUACAUUAGUAAAAAUGUGGCAAUAUUUGUUUGUUGGGCUAUUUAUGUAGCUGUUUUCAAUAUCUACUACAGGUGACAUUAAGCAAUACUUAAAAAAAAUAAAACACUGACAACUGCC